GAGCUUUUCUAACACAAAUUUCAAGCUAUCCACUUUCUAAAUCUCACUUCAAUUUUUUAGUUUCUGAUUUAAAAUAAAAAUCUGAGCUUUCCCUGUUCUUCUUCUUCAUUUUAAUUAUUUAUUUUAAUAAUUCAUUAAUUAAUAAUAAUUCUUAAAUAAAAGCAAAAAGUGGGAAUUGGGUGUUUUUUAUUUUCAUGAUUUGGUUUAUUUUCUCACUCUUUUUAUCAUUUUUACUUGUAAAGAUGGGAACUUUAUUAGACCCAUUAAGAAUCUAAAACUGAAACUUCCUCAUUUUUAUUUGAAAACCCUUAACAAAAAAAAAAUGAAGGAUUUUCCUGGUACACCAGGGACUUUGACUGGGCUUCUUCUUAGGAUUUCACAAUGUGUUUUUGCAGCUGGGUCAAUUGCUUCCAUGGCUACUACUUCAAGCUUUUUCAAUUUCACUGCUUUCUGCUAUCUCAUUGCUUCAAUGGGUCUUCAAGUGAUAUGGAGUUUUGUUCUUGCAUUAUUAGAUGCAUAUGCCUUAGUGAGAAAGAAGGCCUUUCAUAACCCUGUUUUGGUUAGCCUCUUUGUAGUUGGAGAUUGGGUUACAGCAACACUGUCUCUUGCAGCUGCUUCUUCAUCGGCCGGCAUAAGUGUAUUGUACUUUAGUGAUUUGGGAAGAUGUAAUUUUGGAAAUGAAUGCCAAAAGUACCAAAUGUCAGUUGGUUUAGCCUAUCUAAGUUGGAUCACCAUAGCUACCUCUUCUCUAAUCAUGCUUUGGCUUUUGGCUGCAGGGUAGAGAAGAAUAAGAAGAAGAAGUCUUUGGUUUUUGUAUAUAGAAAAAUUGUAUUUGUUUCAUUCUACUUGUAUUGUUGUAGAUUUUUCUCUAGUAGAAAAUAUUUAAAUCAUUUUUGUCAUUUUUUUUUUCAUUUUGAGUCAAUAGGAAACAAUAGCAAAAGAAGCAUACCAUUGCAAUAUUCAUGUUAUUCCAAUCAAAGUGUCAAAGUUGGGAAAAUAGUUUAGACAAAAGAAGUACAAUGUUGGAUUAAUUUUUUAAUAGAAUGGUGAUACAUUUGCCUA